AAAAAAUAUGUUGUCUACUAAUUUGGUCACCUUUGUAUGUUGACAACAGGCAUGGAAGACAGUGGUAAUGAGUGGAGAGUGGAGAGUGGAGAUAACAAUAGGCUCUCAGUAUCAUUUACCUGAAAUAGCACCCAAUGCAAUGCAUUUAAACAUCAAACUGGGAGAUACCUUAAAAAUUUCUAGUGCAAUGCUCAAGAUUCUCACUUCUAGGUUUAUUUUAAGAAAAGUUUUGAAAGCUUGUUGGUCACUGCCACGUCUUGGAGAAAGUCAUGAACUUGCUUGA